GCGUACCGGCUGAACGAUGCGACCAAGAGGAACCUCAACAGAGCGCUUUCAGACUGGGCUUACAGUUACAGUUAUCCAGCCGACGUCGAGCUGCUGGAAGCUACAGAGAAGCACGACAUGAUGAAGUUUUGUGGGCUGCUCCAUCACUACGGCGAGCUCAACGAUGUACCGGUACAAGACCAUCGUCGUGAUGAGGGAAAAUCUUCACUACCGAAGAGGCCAAAUCUGGCCAGCCGGAGUUCUCUUGACUGUUACCCAUGUGUUGGGCGCACGCCGCUGCUGGCCGCAGCGGAGAAAGGCUACGUUGAGAUGGUGAAAGAACUGUUGGCCGCCCGUGCGCCCGUCGAUGUAGCGAACAACUUCGGCCAAACACCGCUGCUUCUGGCAGCGAGCAAAACGCAGUCGAAGGUGAUUCAGCCGCUCCUUGCUUCCGGUGCAAACAUUAACGCGCAAGCCCACGACGGUAUGACAGUGCUGCACUACUGCUACCGACUUGGGAUGACGGCAACGAAUCUGGUGUUGAACAAGAACCCAGACGUGGCCGCGGCCCCAAGCCAAGGCAAGACCGCGGAGGAAUAUAACAAGGAGGCUGACGGAGGCAGAGACUGCGCAUCUUCCAUCAGGUUGAAGAGAAAGGCGUACGAGAAAGCAGCCAAGAAGCGCUGA